GAGACUCGGAUAAGUUCGUAAGAUGCGAUGGUUCGAUAGGCUGGCGUAGUAGGGGUGAUACAGAAUUCAGAGGUGUCGCAACAGUCUGCGUUGUCGGAGCAGUCGGACGUGGUGGUUGGUACGGUGUGGUGUUUCUUCGCGACGCGUUGAAGAUAAAGAGGGAAGGUGACUCGUGUAAGGUAACAAAACAUAAAAGUGUUAAACAUUAAACGAUGAUCGCGUGAAAUAAUAAAUUGUUGUUCGUCGUGUUGAAUCACGGGAGAGGACGUUUUACGAAGAGAAACGGGGGGGGUAAACAUGAUUAGUGAUAAUUGGUGGCUGGACUCCCGGUUAUUCUUCGCAAGUGUUUCGAUGGUGCGAUGCAAAUCGGUGCUCUUGCUUUUAAUUCUUCUGACGAUCGUCGUGGCUGCUUAUACUGAAAGUCAAGGACCAUCUCCAGAGUUCAGCAGACACACAUUAAUCAAACCACAAGUAUACCAUGGUAGAUCGAAAAGACAGAUAUCAACGACCAACGAGAACGACAUUGAUCACGCAGAUGUGUUAACGGUUGGCUUCGAAGUGGACGGUGUCAAGCGUAUAUUAGAUUUACGAUUGAAUACCGAUCUAAUACCAGUUGGUUAUCAACAACGUUAUCAGCAUAAGGGCACGUACAAAGUUCAUACACCGUCGAAGGUGGAACUCUGUCACUACCAAGGUAGCGUACGUGACGUUCCUGGAUCAUGGGUAGCCUUGUCCACUUGUAAAGGUUUACAUGGUGUCAUCUUCGACGGUGAAAAUCUUCAUCACGUUCAUCCGGAAAAGGAUACCUUGGACUCUAACCAUUAUCUCUAUAAACAGGAUGACCUCGUCGCCAAUAAGAGUUGUGGUUACGAGGGAACACCGCACAACGUUCUUGACCGUCAACGUCGUGAAACAAAAAGAUUAUCAAGGCACAAAAGGGCAACCGAAUCUAUCAGAGGUCCUUACAAUGCCAACAGACAAUCGCGUUACGUCGAGCUUGUUUUAGUUAUCGAUAAGAAAGGAUAUAUAGCACUUGAUGAGAAUUUGGAUAAGGUGUAUCACCAUUGUAAAAAUAUCGCCAAUAUCGUUAACGCUCUGUUCAUGCCACUUAAUAUAUUCGUCGCAUUGGUGGGCGUUCAAGUGUGGACUGAUGCCGACGAAAUAGCUCUCUCUCCGAAUGGCGACAACACGCUUUCGAAUUUCUUACGAUAUCGCAGAGAAAAAUUAGUACAUGAUAUGCCGAACGACAAUGCCCAGUUAUUAACGCGAAUACAAUUCGAAGGUGGAGUCGUUGGCAAGGCAUUAAAGGGGCCGAUAUGUACUUACGAAUUUUCUGGCGGUGUUUCCAUGGAUCAUUCUAAUGUAGUAGGCUUGGUAGCCGCCACAGUAGCCCAUGAAAUGGGCCAUAACUUUGGCAUGGAACACGAUACUGCUGAUUGUGAAUGUCCGGAGGAUAAAUGUAUUAUGGCUCCGUCAAGUGGAUCUUUUGGUCCGUCACAUUGGUCAACUUGUUCCUUGGAACAUUUGGCAUUAGCUUUUGAACAUGGUAUGGAUUAUUGUCUGAGAAACAAGCCUCAAAAACUUUUUGACAGUCCUAUAUGCGGUAAUGGAUUUGUCGAACCUGGUGAACAAUGCGAUUGCGGUCUCGAAGAGAAAUGUGACAAUCCUUGCUGCAACGCGACGACUUGUAUGCUAUAUACCAAUGCCAGUUGUGCGACUGGGGAAUGUUGCGACCUGAAAACUUGUCGACCCAAAUUGGCUGGCACAGAAUGCCGAAGCGCUGAACAUGAAUGCGAUUUGCCAGAGUAUUGUACUGGUCAGAGCGAAUAUUGUCCGGUAGAUGUCUUCAAGAUGGAUGGCGAAUCUUGUAGCAUGGGGAAGGCGUUUUGUUAUCAAGGCUCUUGCAGAACUCACAAUGACCAAUGUAAAUUACUUUGGGGUCCCACAGGUGCUUCUUCAGACGCUCAAUGUUACGACAUGAAUAAUAAAGGCUCGAAACUUGGAAACUGCGGUUAUAACAGGAUAGAAUCUAGUUACGUCAAGUGCAGCGAUCAAAAUUUAUUAUGCGGAAUGUUACAUUGCAAACAUUUGAACGAAAGAUUGGAAUUUGGUAUGGAAUCUGUAGCGAUACUAAGUCAUUCUUUCAUUAAUAACGGUGGGAAAAUAAUACCUUGUCGUUCGGCUAUCGUUGAUUUGGGAUUGAAUCAAGUUGAUCCUGGCUUGGCGCCCGAUGGUGCUAAGUGUGCACCUGAGAAAAUGUGUGUUAAUCAAAAAUGUAUGCCAAUUGCUGAUCUGAGAGCAUCCGUAUCUGGUGGCAAAGCAUGUCCUAAUAAUUGCAGUGGUAAUGGAGUUUGUAAUAGUCUUGGUCAUUGCCAUUGUAAUCGUGGAUUCAGACCACCUGACUGUACUCAACCAGGUGUAGGUGGUUCAGAGGAUAGUGGCCCAGCCGAAGAUCCGAAUGCGAGAAACGAUUUCAUAACAGCCAUUUACAUAAUUUUCUUGGGUGUGGUACCGAUGUUGGCUCUCUCAUCAAUUGGAGUUUGGUACGUGAGAAACUCCGGUCAGCAUUGGAAAAAGGGUGCAUUAUCUACGAACAAUCGGUGCCACAAUGGAAUGUCGAUAAAAACGAUCGACCGUUCUAGCCCUAUGCCACGUAACAUCGAAACGAUCGACUGCGGUCUCACUCAGGAUCCAGCUUGCGCGAGUCUCCUGCCUAAAACAGAGGUCGAUGCGCGUUAUAACAACAACUUCUUUGGCCAAUUUAAAGGGUUCACGAUAACGCCUAUACAAAAUCAUUCGAAAUUAUCCGAACCAACAAAAUCAGCACCGCCACCGCCUAGCGUUCCUACCGUAGCGAUAAAGACGAAUAUAAAGGCCAAUCAGAAAACGAAUACGAUACGAAAUCAAUCGUCGGCUGAGCCGUCGGAAAAUGUUGAGGAUAAUAAUAGUAAUGCGCCAAAAUUGCCACCAAUGAAUCCAGGUUCUACGGCUCGUCCAUUGAUAAGUAGUCCCGUUUUGGCAGCGACAACUUGUACAUCCGUAGAAUUGGUACCAUCUAAGGUGCCAACGAGAGCAGCUCCAGAAAUACCAACUAGAAUUGCACCUCCACCGCCUGUUCUAUUUUCCAUUCCUAAACCUCAAAGACCGAACAGUACUCCCUUGACAAACCUGAUCGUCGAAGCCGAACAGAAAAAAAUAGAAAAGGGUAGUACGUUAAACAGGCUGGCAUCUAUGUUGAGAUCAAGUUCCAGCGUUACGAGAUCGAAUUCUCAGUCGUCUCAGAAGGAUGAAAAAAAUAUGAAUUCUUUGCCGAGGAAUCAGCAUCUCAAGGCGAAUAAGGUGAUGGAUAAAGAGAUAUUGAGAAACUUGGAAAUAUCGAAUCCCAUACCGCAAAAGGAAAUUGAAAUCCCGACGCCUGUUAUUCCCGUAGUAUCGGUAAAUGAGGCUGAAAAGAAGAACGUUGUCAUGCGAGCUCAAUCUAUGAGAGACGCUAAAGUUACGUCUAGACCGGCAAUACAUACGUUUGGUUCUAUGCGUCAAGCUACACCUAUUGUUAAAAGACCAACCAGCAUACCGGCGAGUAUCAGACCAACCUCGCCUCCUCCUGGGCCACCUACCGCCGUCAUUACUUCGGAAAAAGAAACGUGUAACGACAUAAAGAUACCCGGUUUGCCUGGUUAUCAAAAUCCACCUGUUAAAUCUCAGCAACAAGUACAACCGGCCAAAUCGCUCGAGGACGUUUACGACGAUUGCAUGAAUUUAGUGUCCGCCCCGUCUCUUACAAAGAUAAUGGAGGAAUCGCCAUCGAACGACAAUAUUUAUGCGGUUAUCGAAGAGUCCAUACCAGAGAAGACAAAGAAGAACGUCGAAACGCAUAAGAACGAUACGGAAAACGAAUACAAGUCACCGAAACGCGUUGAACCUACGUCUAAUCUCUCAAAUGCCGGCUUGGAAUCGAUGGGUCUUUUAUCGGAGAUAGUAUCGGAAAUUUCAAAUAGAAACUUCGAUUCUAUAUAUUCGACCUCAACGUUAGCACGAAAGAAAAAGGAAAAAGACGAUAUUGCCAAGGUGAACGAAAAUUUAGGAUCGAACAGUUCUCUUGGUGCUUAUAUGAAUUCUAAUCAUUACAAAUCACCUGGUAGCGUAUAUUCGAACUCGCCAUCUGGAAAAUUUAAUUCGUCGAGUUCGACGACAAGUUCUGGUUAUCUAAAUCCGUGUGCAUUGAACGUACCGCAGUCGGUCAAGGAACGUUUAGCGAAGGAUACAUCGAACGAUAAAGAAACGAGCGAAAUUUCACCAUUGUUAACAGCUAGUAGUCGUAACUGUAACGUGAGCGAAGAAAUGUCGAAAGAACUUGGUAUGAAUACGAUAGAAAAACCAUUCGUUACCACGAGCGAUCGUUCGAGCUCGAUAAUAUCGACUAACAACAGAGUGAUCGAGAAAAAGGAGGAAGGCAAAAAUGUUUUAGGAAAUAAACCGUUGCAAUUGAGUAGAACGAAAACACCACCGAGUCUUAACAAAGCCCAUGCGUCUACGAGAACGAACAAACAAAACAGUUCCGAAAUAAUCUCUUCGAAAUCUUCGUCCGUUCAAUUGUCUCCCGAUGGUACCAACAAUACCAUGAAACAUAAUUUAGAGAAAACUACGAAGAACAGACACGUGCCAAUACAAAAUAAAACCAAUGGAAAUAUUAAUAAGCAUCAAAACAAUAUCAUAGAUAAUAAAUUAGACUCAAGUAAUACGAGUGUUGUUAACGCGUCAUCCGUUAAAAGUGUGCCUUUUAAUACCAAUAAGGAUGAUACGGGAAAAUUAAAUAGUCCGGAUUUAGUAUCAAGUUGUUCGAAUUCGAAUCAGAAUAGUACGAAGUCGCCAGACGUUUUAGGAAAUAAUCCAAAAUUAGUAUUAGCUUCUAAAACGGCAAUACAAAAGUCAUCGACGUUUUCGAGAAAUACGAAAGCACCGGCAAUGCCGAUGAAACCGUUGAGCAUAGUAUCGAAGGCUGCCAGCUUAACGGAAAAGAAAAAAUCUCCGUCGGGCAACGUUAAUGUUAUUAAAUCGUUUUCAUCGACCGCAUCAAGAGAAAAUAAUUCCAAAAUAUCACCUACCAAUGCCACAAACACGACAACCACCACGACUGCUACCAUAACGAAACAUUCUCCGCAAAAGGAUACGAAAACUAUAACAGAUUCGACGAUUAAUCCUGUUCAAAGAGCUGCCAAUAGUAAAUCAAACGUAGCAUCGUUGCAACAAAAAUUCGAAGCUAAUAAAAACAGUAAUUCUACAAGAGUUUUGUCUAAUGUUAAUAAUAAGAAAACACUUGGCAAAGCAUCCGAUGGUUUGACAGCAAAGAAAUAAUUUUCAUUGAUAAGUAUUUAUAUCAUUGAGAUCGUCGAUUUUUAACGAUGAAGAUACAACUUUUUCUUCUUCUUCUUCUUCUUCUUCUUUUUGUUUUUCUUUGCUUUUCAAAUUCUAGUCCAUCAAAUCGGUGAAUUGACGAUCUAACGAAAUUUAUGCGUGCGAUAACUAUGAAAGAUUGUUUCUUUUCUGUAUAUUCUAUGUAUAUAUACAUAGAUACAUAGAUACAUACAUACAUACAUACAUACAUGCAUGCAUGCAUGCAUGCAUACAUACAUACAUAUAUACAUACAUACA